CAACAACAUUGACGUGGAGGCGGCGCGACAGAGGGGCGUGCCGGUCACCAUUGCGCCGGGCUACAACUCGCGCAGUGUGGCUGAGGUGGCGCUGAUGAUGAUCCUCAUGCUCAGUCGCAAGGUGGACGAGGCGCGGACCGUGUUCGAGCGCCGAGAGCGCAUCGGCGGACCCGUGGGUCGCGAGCUGUAUGGCAAGACGCUGGGCAUUGUGGGCAUGGGCAAGAUCGGAAAGUGCCUGGCAGAGGCGGCGCAGGGGCUGGGCAUGAAGGUGAUCGGCGUCACCUCCCGCUGCCCCCGCGCCGACCUGGACUCCCUGCUUCGCUCCUCCCACAUCGUCUCCCUGCACUGCCCCCUCACACCCGCCACCCGCGGCCUCAUCGCCGCCCCCCAGCUCGCCCUCAUGCGCCCCGACGCGCUGCUCAUCAACUGCGCACGGGGGCCCGUUGUGGACCGAGACGCGUUGUGGGCGGCGUUGCAGGAGGGGCGGCUGGGCGGCGUGGGUUUGGACACGCACUGGGUGGAGCCGGCGCCGCUGGGGGAUGAGUUGUACGGCCAUCCACGGGUGCUGGCGCUGCCGCAUCUGGGUAGUAUUUCGGCGGAGGUGUACGAGCGGUUUGCGGAGGUGCUGGCGGAGAACAUUGUGCGGGUGC